AUGGACUACAGUAAGCUGAACAAGUGGACUUUGAGGGAUCAUUUCCCCAUGCCUUUCAUGGACCAAAUGCUUGACAGGUUGGCAAGUAAAGGAUGGUAUUGUUUCUUAGAUGGAUACUCUGGCUACAACCAGCAAUCAAUUGCACCUAAAGAUCAGGAAAAGACAACCUUCGCAUGUCCUUAUGGCACCUUUGCGUUUAAACGCAUGCCAUUUGGACUAUGUAAUGCACCAGCCACAUUUCAAAGGUGUAUGAUGUCCAUCUUUUCAGACAUGGUUGAGGACACUCUAGAGGGCUUUACAGAGAGAUUUGAGGAAUCCAACUUAGUGCUAAAUUGGGAGAAGUGCCACUUCAUGGUAAAAGAGGGCAUAGCCCUUGGACACAAGGUGUCACAAAAAGGAAUUGAGGUCGACAAGUCUAAGAUUAAGGUGAUUAAAGAAUUACCUCCGCCAAUUUGUGUGAAGGGUGUUCGAAGCUUCCUAGGACACACCAGAUUUUAUAGGCGUUUCAUCAAAGACUUCUCCAAAAUUGCACACCCCAUGUGCAAGAUUUUAGAGAAGGGGGUGAAAUUUGUCUUUGAUGGGGCAUGCCUUAAAGCUUUUGAGUGCCUAAAAGAGAAGCUGAUUUCAGCACUAGUGAUUAUUGGCCCAGACUGGGCAGAGCCGUUUGAGGUGAUGUGUGAUGCUAGUGGGACUGCGUUAGGAGUUGUGUUGGGACAUAAGUGCAACAAGAUGUUCUUUUCGACUUACUAUGCAAGUAAGACGCUAAAUGGGGCACAGCGAAACUACAUAGUCACUGCGCAGGAACUUUUGAAAAGUUCAGAGCUUAUAUGCUGGGCACUAAGGAGAGGUUGUGAGAACCAGGUAGCUGAUCACCUGUCUAGGUUGGAAGCUGCAAAGAAGGAAGAACUUGAGCUCGAGAGAGAUGACACAUUCCCGGAUGAGCAGGUAUUAGCUGCUACUCUUGACCUUAUUCCUUGGUUUUCUGACUAUGCUAAUUUUCUGGUUAGUGAUUUGAUGUCGGAGGGGCUAACAUAUAGCAAAGGAAAAGCCAAAAUAUUGCACAUUUUGGAGGCCUGUCACUCAUCUCCAGUUGGUGGUCAUGAUGGUGGUGCUCGAACAGCCCACAAAAUACUUCAGUGUGGGUACUACUGGCCCACAAUUCAUCAAGAUGCAGUGGACAUAGUAAGGAGUUGUGAUGUGUACCAGCGGCAAGGAGCCAUCUCUCAGUGUCAUGAGUUACCCAUGACACCUAUUCUGGAGGUGGAUUUGCUUAAUGUGUGGGGUAUUGACUUCAUGGGCCCCUUUGUGAUUUCAUAUGGAAAGAAAUAUAUACUGGUGGUUGUGGACUAUGUGUCCAAAUGGGUUGAAGUUGUCACGUUACCUAAGAAUGAUGGAAAGAGUGUAGUUGGGUUCUGUAAAAGAACAUCUUCUCAAGGUUUGGAACACCUAGAGCCAUUAUCAGUAAUGGUGGGUCUCACUUCUGCAACAAGACUGCGUCUGUUUCUAGGAAAACCGAGGUCUAAAUGGUCUGGACCUUUUAAGGUCACACAGGUAUUUCAAUCUAGUGUUAUUGAGCUAGAGAAUGAUAAAGGCGAGAGGUUCAAAGCCAAUGGCCAGAGAAUCAAGGCAUAUAUGGGUGUCCCUGAUGAUGUAAAUAUUGUCGAGGAAUGCAAACUUGAUGAAGUCUGA